AUGACUGUCUGGCUCCCCAACCUCUAUCCCGUCCUCCAGAGACCCUCCCGGAAAUCAGAAACAGAGACUGUUGGAAUCUACCAGAAUUUUGAGAGGAAGCCAGGAGUCUCUGGAGAUAUUGUCCCAGACAGCGGGACCUACGGCAAGAUCUGGGAGGGCAGCACCAGGUGCAACAUUGAGAACUUCACCUUCCACAAGGUCCUGGGCAAAGGCAGCUUUGGAAAGGUGCUGCUCGCAGAGUUGAAGAGCAAAAAGGAGUUCUUUGCUAUCAAGGCCCUCAAGAAGGAUGUGGUUCUGAUCGAUGAUGAUGUGGAGUGCACCAUGGUGGAGAAGCGGGUGCUGGCACUCGCCUGGGAGAAUCCCUUUCUCACCCACCUCUUCUGCACGUUCCAGACCAAGGACCACCUGUUCUUUGUGAUGGAGUUCCUCAAUGGGGGCGACCUGAUGUACCACAUCCAGGACAAAGGCCGCUUCGAGCUCUACCGUGCCAUGUUUUAUGCAGCCGAGAUAGUCUGUGGACUACAGUUUCUGCACAGCAAAGGGAUCAUUUACAGGGACCUCAAGUUGGACAACGUGAUGCUGGACCAGGAUGGCCACAUCAAGAUUGCCGACUUUGGGAUGUGCAAGGAGAACAUAUUCGGGGACAAACAGGCUAGCACGUUCUGUGGCACUCCUGACUACAUCGCCCCUGAGAUCCUGCAGGGCCUGAAGUACUCAUUCUCCGUGGACUGGUGGUCCUUUGGAGUCCUUCUCUACGAGAUGCUCAUUGGUCAGUCCCCCUUCCAUGGUGACGAUGAGGACGAACUCUUUGAGUCCAUCCGUGUGGACACACCGCAUUAUCCCCGCUGGAUCACCAAGGAGUCCAAGGACAUCCUGGAGAAGCUGCUUGAAAGGGAUACAACCAAGAGGCUGGGAGUGAAUGGGAACAUCAAAAUCCACCCCUUCUUCAAGACCAUCAACUGGACUCUGCUGGAGAAACGGGCCGUGGAGCCGCCCUUCAAGCCCAAAGUGAAGUCCCCUGGAGACUACAGCAACUUCGACCAAGAGUUCCUGAACGAGAAGGCACGUCUCUCCUACACUGACAAGAACCUCAUCGACUCCAUGGACCAAACAGCAUUCGCUGGCUUCUCCUUUGUGAACCCCAAAUUUGAGAGAUUCCUGGAAAAGUGAGGAUUCCAGACAUGCCCCCCAGCCCAGCCCAGCCGGGGAGCCUGGGUCAGCCAGCAUGGCCUGCCCACACAGCCUGGACAGAGCAGGCUGGGCGGCGUCCCCCUUCAUCGGCACCUGCCCGCCUCCCAUAGUUAGCAACAGUGUGAUUGUCUGGUUCCUGCUGCUGCCGCUGCCUGGCCCCCAAGAGGGGCCUCAGCUCCUGUCUGACUGGGCCCUUAUGGUACUUCUGUGAACUGUGUGUGAAUUUGCUUUUCCUCUGCCGUCAGAGGGAAAUUGUAAAUCCUGUGUUUCAUUACUUGAAUGUAGUUAUCUAUUGAAAAAAUAUAUUAUAUAUAUAUACACACACACACAUA